AUGAAAUCUUAUGGGGAUUCCAAUUCCUAUCCAUUUCUUAGUAUUCUUCUUCACUUGGAUGGAAUUAAUUUAGGAAAAUCGAAUAUACAAUGUUUACGAAUUUUGAGUGGUUCUGUCGUCGUGCUUUCACCUGCUAUACGAAUUUGGCGACAAAAUAACCUAAUUUUAUCUUUAUGGAUUGGAAAUGAACAAUCAAAUAUUGAACAAUGGUUAUAUCGAUGUUUUCAUCAAUUACUAAAUCUAAAAUAUAAAGGUAAGAGUGUCAUUUGAAAAGUGAAAAGCAAU